AUGUCCUUUGUUGAUAAGCUUUUACAGAAAUAUCAGGAUAAAGUCCAGAAAUCUUCGUCCCACCCUCUCACCAACGAGCUCUGCAAUGGAACACUUCCAGACUACAAGCUCUAUACAUAUUUAGUGCAAGACCUCAAGUUCUUCCAACUGGGUCUCCAAAUGUUAGGCAGCUCACUCUCACAUUGUGACAAUGCCGAAUCUAGCAUUGUUUUGGCAAAGCAAAUUGGAUUCUUUGCCAAUGACGAGAACACCUACUUCCAACGGUGUCUUGCACAGUUGAGAGCUGAAGCACAGGAUCAGAUCCACCACCAUGUGCCGGCUAUGGAGAAAGAAUUUGCGCCCACCUUGCCGCAGGUGCUGCAGUACCUACAGUUCAUAGCUCACUUGACCCACGAUGCUCUGAGCUACGGAGAAAUCAUUACCUGUGUCUACGUGAUGGAGGUUGUUUAUCUCAUCUGGGCUGAGCUGCACUCUAAUAGCAAGGAUACGGUCGCUUUGGAGUACAAGCAUCAGGAGUGGGUGGAUUUACAUCGGGGACCGGCAUUCUCUGCAUGGGUGCAGUUUCUUGCAGGUGAGGUGAAUCGGGCUGCUGGAACCAAUCUGCAAGAGAAGAUGGAGCAAAUCUUUGAAAAAACCUUAGACCAUGAGAUUGCCUUUUUCGAUGCUUGCUAUCAGUAUGAAGAAUAG